AUGACUUCCCAGAAGGGGGAUGACGAUGGCAAGAAGAGCAUUGCUCUCUCCCAGACGGACGGCGAGGUCGCUGAUGUGACCUAUGACCGGAUGCCGGAAUCUCUUCGCCAGUACAGCGCUGACGAGAUGAAACGCCUCGAGAAGAAGCUUGUCCGCAAGAUCGACCUGGUUAUCCUUCCCAUCGUUGGAAUUCUAUACAUUUUGAACUACAUCGACCGUCAGAACCUUGCUGCUGCCAAGUUGCAUGGUAUCACCGACGAUCUUCACAUGACAACGGAGCAGUUUGCCACUGCGAUCUCUAUCUUAUUCGUCGGAUACCUUCCCUUUCAAAUCCCUAGCAACCUCAUCAUCACCAAGUUGUCCCGACCCGGCUUAUACAUUUGCUGCGCCGUGGUGCUUUGGGGCAGUAUCUCUGCAGCGACUGCAGCUGUGAACACCUAUUCGCAGUUGCUUGGCGUUCGUGCUAUUCUCGGUGUUGCCGAAGCUGUUUUCUUUCCAGGUGCUAUUUACUACCUCUCUGCGUGGUACACCAAGACCGAGCUCGGAAAGCGAAUUGCCAGUUUGUACAUUGCGCAGCAAGUCGGUAACGCCUUUGGUGGUCUCCUCGCCGCUGCUAUCCUCCAGUUGGAUGGCCGUCACGGAAUCCGUGGCUGGAGGUGGCUUUUCAUCAUUGAAGGUGUGGCUACGGUCGGAAUAGGUCUGAUUUGCGGCUUCUUCAUGCCCGAAUUUCCUCACAACAGCCGUAUCCUUAACCAGCUGGAACGCGAUCUGGCAGUUUGGCGUAUCGAGUCCGGAGCCGGUGCAGCAGAGGGUACAGUGAAGGAAAGCGUUCUGAAGAGCUUCGCCAAGGCCCUUAAGGAUCCUAAGCUUCUACUGUUGAUCUUUUGCAACUUCCUUUCCCAGGCCCAGGGAUCUAUCGCCAACUUCUUCCCUACUAUUGUUGCCUCACUCAAUUACAACAGCACUCUUACCCUGGUGCUCACCGCGCCGCCAUAUAUCCUCGCUGCCGGUGUCUAUUACUUCAUCAUGUGGCACUCAGACCGCAAGAAUACGGCUUAUGUCCCCAUUUUGAUCUGCAUUUCUAUCGCUAUCGGAAUGUACAUCAUCCCAAUGGCCACCGUCAACAUUGGCGGAAGAUACUUCGCUAUGAUGAUGCUUCCAUUCGCCUCCGUCGGUCCCCAGCUUCUUCUCUACAAGACCAUCAACCUCCACCUGGCACGGCCUGUGGCCAAGCGCGCAGCUGCUUCCGCUCUGGUCAACGCCAUCGGAGGCACAGCCAACAUCUGGUCGUCCUACCUGUACUUUGGCGCUCCCCACUUCUAUGCCGCCUUCGGUACGCUCAUGGGCUGUGCUUUCAUCUUCAUGUUGACCAUCACUUUCUACCGCUGGUACAUCCUGCGCGAGAACAAGCGUCUUGAUUCUGGUGAGCCAGAGCAGAUUGCCAAGGUCAUCAAGGGAGGCGUCACGGAGGAAAUGGUCCAACUCGGGUGGCGCUACGAGAUGUAUUGA